AUGUCGUUCAGCUUCGGAAACGCAAGCUCUUCCAGCGCGCCCAACAACACGACUUCUACUGCGCCAGCUUCGGGCAGCCUUUUUGGAGCAGCUACAGGAACUCCUAGCUUUUCAUUUGGCUCGAUUGGUGGCUCUGCCAGCAACACCACAACACCGACCAGCAGCGCAACCACUAUGUUUGGUCAACAAAGCGGUGCCUCGGCGCCGAAGCCCGCCAGCAAUCUCUUCGGCGGCGGCGCAAACACGGCCAACACUUCUACCACUCCCUCUUCUGGCGGUGUCUUCGGUGCUGGUGGCUCUACAACUCCAGCGACGGGUGGUCUUUUUGGGGGUGCCUCGUCUACCACGCCAGCGGCUACUUCAGCCCCUUCUAGCGGUGGAUUGUUCGGUGGUGGUGCCAGCAAUUCAACGGCCCCUGCGUCUUCAGGAAUUUUUGGAAACAAUGGGAACAAUGCAAGCAAGCCUGCCACUGGCCUCUUCGGCGGUGGCAGCUCUUCUACCACUAGUAGUGGCGCUGGUCUGUUCGGCCAGAAUAAUGUCAACCAGGCAGCGACAGCUACCACUUCUUCUGCACCCACAAACCUUUUCGGAAAUGCUGCCUCUGGGGCCGCAACUCCCGCUAAACCAACUUUCGCUUUGCCAUCUACGACUCCAGCAGGGGCACCACCCGCCGACUCUGCGAAGCCUACUGGUGGAUUAUUUGGAAAUACAGGCGCACAAGCAUCCAGCGGAACCUCAAGUUUAUUCAGCGGAGCGAAACCUGCAAGCACGUCCGCUCCUUCUGCCCAACCCAGCACUACUGCAGCUGCAUCAGCCAGUGGUCUCUUCGGGGGUGCGCAGUCCGGAAGCGCUGCUCCUACCGGGGGUCUUUUCGGAGCGAAGCCGGCUUCAGCGUCUACUCCCGCGGCCGGAAGCCUGUUUGGUGCAAAGACUGAAGGGGCUCAGCCGGCUGCGGCUUCGCAAGCCGGAAGCACGGCCCCUGCCAGCUCCACGGCCUCCUUAUUCGGUGCCAAACCUGCAGCUCCAGCAACUACAAUUCCAAGCUCGACAUCGGCGAGUGGCCUUUUCGGCGGCGGCGCAACAACUUCUGCUGCCUCAGGCGCUUCUGCCACAACAACAGCUGGGGGAUUGUUUGGAAACAAACCUGCAACGACUACAACUUCUACAGCAGCACCAACCACAACUUCAACAAGCGCUGGUAGUCUUUUUGGCGGCGCACCCAAGUCAUCUACUGAGUCGUCUACUUUGAAGCCCGUCGGUGGCCUGUUCGGAGCACCUGCAUCCAGCCAGCCAGCCGGUUCUGCAGCUACCACAACUGCAACAACUGCUGCAACAACAACUGCUGCCCCUGCGGCUGGCUCAACUCCUGCUGCUGCUAGCGGCCUAUUUGGUGCGAAGCCUACAACAGAUGCCAGCAAGGAUGCAGCUAAGUCUGCGACUCCCAGUGCCACCCCUGGGGCACUAGGCGCUUCCACAACUGGCCCAACAUCCAAGAUGGCGCGACUCAAGAAUAAAACCAUGGAGGACAUUGUCACACGUUGGGCAUCUGAUCUCUCCAAGUACCAGAAGGAAUUCAAGGAGCAAGCCACCACUGUGUCGACCUGGGACAGAAGCCUCGUGGAUAACGGCGAGAAGAUCCAGAAGUUGUACUUGGAUACAUUCGAGGCUGAACGAGCCAGCCAUGAAAUUGAGCGACAACUUGCUGCUGUAGAAAGCCAACAAGAUGAGCUCGAGGCUUGGUUGGACCGAUAUGAGUCUGAGGUUCAGGAUAUGUUUGCGAAACAGCUUGGUCCUGGCGAGCAGCUAGCUGGCCCUGACCAGGAACGAGAACGUACCUACAAGCUUGCGGAGAAGCUGACGCAACAAUUGGAUGAAAAGUCGCGCGAUCUCUCCAAGAUGGUCAAGGAAAUCAAUGACAUCUCAGGGACACUGAAUAAGGGUGCUAAACCUGAGGACCCUCUGAGCCAGAUUGUUCGGGUCCUGAAUGGUCACCUUACACAAUUGCAGUGGAUUGAUGCUAAUGCCUCAUCGCUGCAAGCCAAGGUUGCGGCUGCUCAGAAAUCGAGCAGCAACCUAGGAAGUCAUUAUGCUGGUUCUGAUAACGAUGCGGCAGAGAGCUUUUAUCGCUCUUACAUCGGUCGACGAUGA